AUGCUCGCCGGCGCAGUGGCUGCCAACCCCAUCGCCAUCCUGCGGAAGCGCGAGGUGCCCCAGGAACACUCGCACCGCAACAUCAUCCUGGCAGUCAACACGCUUGUGCAGCAAAACAACCCCGAUAAGAUUGGAGACGCCGUGUUCGGUCUUCUCGGUGCCGCAGCGGCUAAGAACGGCGCUGGCAACAUCGCUGACGCAGACUGUCUCCAGCAGGCCACCGCGGACCAGGCCUUCACGAACGCGAAGGCCGCUGGGAACGUCGAUGGCAUGACAUCUGCCCUGAUAUAUCGUGCCCUUGAGCGCAACACUGGAUCUGUCGGCCUGGCUUCUGUGCCCUGUACCUCCAUCCAAGCUGUGAACCCAGAGAUUGCUGCGCUCCAGCAGCACCAAGACUCGGCUGGUAACGGUGCCCAGGCGCUGAACAAACAGAUUGCAGAAGAGCUGGCUAGGCAGAUUGCGUCCGUGGGCGGUGAUCCCGCGCUGGCGAACGAGGCGAGUACGUUCGCACCAGGACAGGUUGGCGAUCCAACAGCGAAGGGUAACACCUGUGACGAUGACCAAGACAACAACGGUUGUAUCAACACGCUGGGCUUAAGGGUUGACGAUCUCACCGCUGCUGAGAUCACUGCCGCGGUCCAGGGUGUGAGUGCGGGCGCUGUAGGGCAGGGUACGGCAGGGAACAGUACCCAGAUCGCGAACAACGAAUGUAGCGCCUAG